AUGGAUAAGCAUUCAUCGCGUCAAAGAACACAUACUUCGACAGCACGCCUUGCCAAUUCACUGUCCUCGCUGCCUACAGACUUUCAACACAGAAACAGAAUGCAACCUUCACCUCAGACAGGCUGCUCUUUGCCCGCUGAGCGAUUCAACUCCCCCGGAGGGCUUCAACAAAGAGCAAGAGGCAGCCCUCCGAACAAGGAGAAGGGGCAAUACAGAGAGAGAGUGGAGAGCCAUAUACAAGCUCUUGUUUCCCAAUGUGCCAGAAGACCUCAUUCCAAGUCCAUACUAUGA